GGCCCGGCGGCGCCGGAUGUGACGUAGCUCUGCCCUGCGGAAGCGGCAGGGAGUAAGAUGGCGGAGCCGCGCGGGGAGGCGGCCGUGGCGCGGCGCAUCGACCCGGCGCGGGAGCCGGGGCUCAGCCCUGAGCAGCGUCGCCUCAUGGCGGAGGUGGAGCGCGUCCAGCGGCAGCGCGCCCUGCAGCGGCGGCUCCGUGGCCGCAACGCGCUCCUGGGCAUCGGCAUCGGCGCCGUGGUGCUGGGCAUCUACGGCUACACCUUCUACUCGGUGUCGCAGGAGCGGUUCCUGGACGAGCUGGAGCAGGAGGCGGAGGCGGCGCGGGCCUGGGCGCGGGACAAGAGCCCGGCGAGCUGAGCAGAGUGGGCCCGGGACCUGCAGGGCCCAGCAAGCGCCCUGAGCGGCCCCUGGGCCACGAGUGUUGGUGGCUGUGUGGGGGAAGCACCUGGCCCCGAGCGCAGGUCCCUCCUUCCCAGGGGCUCCCCGAGGCAGGGGUUGUGCACCGCACGCGUCCAAGGCCAGUGCCCCCCCUCGGUGGCGGUGCCCCUGCAGGCAGGGUUUCCUCCCCUGCUGGCAGCCGCCCCUUUUCCUGAAGGGUGCACAGGCUCCUGGCUCAGCUUGCCAAGGACAUGCUCCUGGGAAGGGCAGGGGUGCCCCAGGUGCCUGUCACUUCCCACAAUAAAUAACUUGUCUGGA